UGUUUCGAUUCCGAUAAUACUUGUUUGUAAACAAUCGAACUAGAAAUUUGUUGAAGAGCUUGUGUAACUUUUUAUUUUACAAAUUUAUUUAUAUUUUUAUAAAAUUACAGUGACUACUCAUCUUCAACUAUGAGUAAACAUCAAGCUGCUGGAACUGCAGAAAUUUUAAGAUCUGCUCAAAAAGAUGAAGAAUCUUUACGUUAUAUGAGACAUAUAAUCUCAGACAUAACACAGAGAUGCUUAGGUAUUCCUUUUUGGAUGAAAUGGAAGGAUCUUAGUAACACUUGCUCAGACUUUUUAUUUUUUAGUUUAACUACUUUAUCUGGAUUACAAACACUUGGAGAAGAAUAUUCAAAUAUCAUACAAGUUGACAAAUCUUUGACAUCAAUACCAUCAAAAUGGAUUAGGUUGAAAGACAUUAUAAUUAAAACAUUUGGUCACUACUUCUUACUUAGAUACCAAACCUAUUUAGAGAAUAAACUGGCAAUCAUUACUCCUUCACCCUCUGCAGAUAAUGAUCCCAUCAUUGCUGCAUUUAUUGCUCACUUACCUACUAUAUUCAAGGCCAUCGCUAUUAUGCAGCGGAUUCACCUGAUUGCCUUUUAUUUUACUGGGUCCUACUAUGACUUUUCCAAGAGACUGACUGGUAUAAAAUAUGUUGUUAUACGUCGUUGGCUGACUAAUCCAGCUUAUCAAACUUCUUAUAAAUUUUUAGCUUGGAUAGCUGCUUCUCAACUUUGUCUCAGUUUAGUAAUAUCUGCAUACUCUGCGAAAAUUAAAAAUACAGCUACUUGUAAAGACAAGGAAGAAAAACAAAACCCAAGUGAAGUGAUAAGUUUGAGAAACCAAUGUUUUCUAUGUUUUGACAAAAGGAGUUCUAGUACAGCUACCCCCUGUGGUCAUCUAUUCUGUUGGUCUUGCAUAACAUCUUGGAUGCAGAACAAAGAAGAGUGUCCACUCUGUCGAGAAAGCUUCCCACCCUCAAAGCUUGUGCUGUUGCAGAAUUAUUAUUAAAUUAUGAUGUAUGUGAUAUCAUCUAUAUGAUUUGUUCCUGUAUUGUUUUUAUUUAUAUAUAUUAAUUUUAUAUUACUGUUAACAUAUAUAUGUAUAUUAGGUGCAUUUUGUUUUAACAUAUACUUAAUUUAUACUUCUAGGACUAAUAUUUAGUUUUUAUUAUACUUGUCUUUUUCUCUCUAAUUAUUUUUUAUUGUUAUUUAUUUUGUUUUUUGUUAAUUUUUUUAAGAAAACCUUAACAUUUUUGAUAACCAAUAAGAUUUUGAUUAUAUUUGGGUAAGAGUUGUUGCAGUUAAAUACAAGUUUCAAUUAUUGUUUGUCAGAUGCUUCCUUAAGAUACUGAGUAUAUAAAAACUAGCUUAAGAUACUGAGUAUGUAAAACUGGCUAAUUCUACUAUUACAAGAUAAACUUCAUUACUCUUAAAAAUUUAGCAUUCUGUUUCUUUUUUAAUAAUGUAUCAAGUUAGGUUACUAUGAUGUUUUAGUUAAAUAAAUUAAUGUUACUUCAAAUUGUAUUUAUUUUUUCUUUUCCCACUUUUUUUAAAUCAUAAUUUAAAAUUUUAGCAUUCAAUUUGAGCGAUGUAAUGACAGUUUAGGAAGUUACACAUUUAAUCCAUUUCAAUUAUUAUUUGUCCUUUUUCAAUAAGCAUUAGAGUAAAAAAACAUGGAUUCGGAAAAUAUUAAUUCUGUGAAACCUGUAUAAAUUACUAAUUUUGGUACAUUGUUUUAGUGGUCAACUUAUAGACUGGGAUGAAUCAUUUUUUUAUCACUUGUUUUAGUUUGUUAUCCUUAUAAGUAUAGUGCCAUGUUGUUCUUAUAUUUCUUAUUCAUUACAAUAUAUAUUGAAGAUAAAUGUAACUAAGUAUUUUUAGCAUAAUAUUAAAAUUUUAUUUAGGAAAUA